AUGAGAAGCCUGCCUUACUUCUGCGGCGGUCAGGUGGUGCAGGUCUUCAGCCGCGGCUCAAAGCAGCUCGGCAUCUCCACAGCUAACUUUACUGAACAAGUAGUAGAUAAUCUUCCAGCUGACAUAUCCACUGGCAUUUAUUAUGGCUGGGCCAGUGUUGGAGGUGCAGAUGUUCAUAAGAUGGUGGUGAGCAUCGGAUGGAACCCAUACUACAAGAAUUUGAAAAAAUCCAUGGAAGCUCACAUUAUGCAUACCUUCAAAGAGGACUUCUAUGGGGAAAUCCUCAAUGUGGCCAUUGUUGGCUACCUCCGACCAGAAAAGAACUUUGAUUCUUUAGAGUCACUUAUUUCAGCGAUUCAAGGAGAUAUUGAAGAAGCUAAGAAACGUCUAGAUUUGCCAGAACAUUUGAAAAUCAAAGACGACCAUUUCUUCCAGGUUUCAAAAGGAAAUAUUAUGAAUGGCCACCAAUGA